AUGAGAUUAGAUACUGAUGAUGAUAGUUGUCAAGAUUCUGGCUCAGAAUACUUGCCAUAUUAUUUAUCAAAUAGAUCAUCUAGUAGUGACGAAGUUGACAGUAAAAUUAAUGAUGAUUUUAAUAAUGAAAUUACUCAAGAAGUUGACAACAAUGAAAUUAUUCGAGACACUGCUUUAAAUGAAAAUACAGAGCCGACUAAUUUAAAAACACUUAACGAGACUUUUGAAUAA